GGAGCACAGUAGUAGCAGCUGCCUGUGUUUCCUGGGCCACGAUAAACUGUAGUCUAGACUAUUUACACUAUUUUAUUUAUACAUAUCAAAAUGUCUCAUACUGUUGUUACUACCACCACCACGACGACAUCGUCUUCAGGCGAAGGGUUCUUGAACUUGGGCUAUACUCGCUCUGUACAAGGAUUACUGAAAAUCGCCCAAGUGGUAGCCCUCCUCAUUGCGUUCCUGUGUGUACACUGUGCACGAGGUUCGACUGAUUUCUCAGCCUUUCGGUACUUUGAGGUGGUGACGCUAUGGUUCCUCAUAGCCUUCCUCAUCUUCUACCUCAUGUACGUGUUCAGACUGCAGAGUAAGAUCCCCUGUAUCAACUGGACAAUGACGGAGUUACUGCAUUAUGGCGUUGGGACCAUCCUGGUCUUCAUUGCCUCUAUUGUUGCAGCUGUUAAGAGUGGAGGUGUGUCUGAACUAGAAGCUGGUUCGGCAUUUGGCUUCAUCGCCACAUUCCUACUGGCUGUCAGCAUAUGGACAUCCUAUAAGGUCACAUGUGGCUCCCAGCCAACCAGUGCUUCUGUGUAAAACGGAUCUAUCAUUUCUUCCCCUGAAGUACCAAGAUGACUUCAUUGUCAGUGUGCUGUGCGACAGUAACUUCUUACCCCAACAACUGGCCCGGGGCCCAUUAAACAAUCAGAACUUCAGUUUAGCCCGAGACUGGUUUCACUUCAGGAUAGUUACAAGUUAGCCAGUUAACUUUGUUAAACACUCUAUUUUGUACAGUUUACAAAGAAAGCUUAAAGUAAUUUCUCUUUCUUUGAGAUACACCAUCCUGAUGACUGGUCAGUUGUUAGGGAUAAGAAGUCACCUGUGUGUGCUUUGAAGAGCAGGCAGCUGUUGUUUCAUAUAAGUGCCUCCAUAGUGUUUAAACUAAGGGCUAGGCUGAGAGCCAGACCAAACCACCCCUCCAUCUUGAAUGGUCGCUAUUUGAAUGCUUUGAAAUCAAGAGGACAUAAGCUGUUUUUCAGUGUUGCCCAGAAGCUUUUUAGAGUUAGAUAUGUCAAUGCCACCCCUGUUUACAUUAUUUAUUUGAGAGCAAAUUUUUAUGAUGAUAAAGUUUUGUGCUUUUAUGUUCACGCUUACUACUGUAUGUCUGUCACGGUAUUAUAGGCUGCUUAUGAGAAGAAUAUAAUCAUAAAAAUGUCAACCUUUAUACAGCCUCACACUAUCACGUGUAUUUAAACAUCUCUUCUUUAUCUGAUGUGUUUGAGUUUGUAUAUGGGUUUAUAUUUCAAACAUGCUUUUGUUUGACUGAAGUAAAAGGGAAACUCAACAGC